GCUGCCACAGCCAUCCUCCACAGCUUCCUAGGGAAGCGGCGAGACAGUCGCAGUUAAUUCCUGGGCAAAGCACGACUUGCAGUCUCUGGGUAGCUGUGCACAUCAGCAAAAGCAGCCAUUUGGAAGGAUGGUGCUGGAGGGCAGGGAGAAGCAGGACUGUGGAAUGCAGUGGAGAUAACAUGUUUGAUGCUGUAAAGAGAAGAUGAUGAGGGCUGAUACCAGAGGCUGAGCGAGGGCAGGGAGCCGAAACCGCUGUAGACACGGCAGACAGCAGGGAACAUGAGGCCAGAACCGGACAGUCAAAAGAGUAGUAAUAAAAAAAGAUCUUUGGAAUAGCAUUCUUAAUACAGCUGAAUGACACUAAGAACACAUUUGCUCAUACCAGAACAUGGUAUCCUCGUCAAGAUGGGAGAUAAAAAUUUAAUGAGCAUGCUAAUUGCUCAGAGCGACAGUAGCAGCAUAUUUACGUUAACCAGAAGUCAUCCACCACUGUGAAAGGUGAGAGUUACAACUGGUGUGAGAUGAUUAAGGGUUCCAAAUCAAACACAUGACAUCCAAGUUGCGGUCCUGAGUGAAGGUGCGAUGAUGGUGAUGUCAGCCAUGAUUGAGAGAGGAGGCCAGCGCAAGCCAAGGAGGAAGAUUAAGAGCUCUGUGUUAGCCACGUGGAUUGGGAGUUGUCAGCUGUACAUCCACAAAAUGUCAGAGACGAGGAUGAGGAUUUAGUUUGGACAUGACUUCUUUCAACUGCAACUGUCCAUCACAGAUCAAAAGAUUUUUGGACAAGUGGGGAAAGACAUAAAAAAAGCAACAAUAAAAAUAAAAAAAUUAAAACCACAAAUAGAGCUGUGGAGGAAGAUUGUACCAGGAAAACUGCAGAGACACCCCACCAGCUCAUCCAUCCAAGCCACAGAGAUGAUGAUGAUGAUGAAGGAAGAUUGUAACUAAGGAAGAGAGUGAUUUACGGCACCGGGAAGGAGAGGAGAGUGGAAUAAACAGCUGAGAUCCGGUCAAAACACAAAUACUGAUUUUUUUUUACUCCUGUUGUUGUUUUGUUUGGCUUUUUCCCCUCUUUCUCCGUCUCGGGGGUGCGCGGGCGCCGAGCGGACCCGGCGCUGCCCCCCCCCGGCCCGGCCCGCGGGAGCCAUGGACGAUCAGUCCAGGAUGCUGCAGACUCUGGCCGGCGUCAACCUGGCCGGGCACUCGGUGCAGGGGGGCAUGGCCCUGCCUCCUCCCCACGGACACGACGGGGCAGACGGCGAUGGCAGGAAGCAGGACAUCGGCGACAUCCUCCAUCAGAUCAUGACCAUCACUGACCAAAGCCUGGAUGAGGCACAAGCAAAGAAGCACGCGUUGAACUGCCACAGGAUGAAACCCGCCUUGUUCAGCGUCCUCUGCGAGAUCAAGGAGAAAACAGGUUUGAGCAUCCGAGGAGCCCAGGAGGAAGACCCUCCCGAUCCCCAGCUAAUGAGACUAGACAAUAUGCUUCUGGCAGAAGGAGUCUCAGGUCCGGAGAAAGGUGGGGGAUCGGCGGCAGCAGCUGCAGCCGCAGCAGCCUCUGGAGGGUCUUCAGAUAACUCUAUUGAACACUCAGAUUACAGAGCCAAAUUGACCCAGAUCAGACAAAUCUAUCACACAGAGCUGGAGAAAUAUGAACAGGCAUGUAAUGAAUUUACCACACAUGUGAUGAACCUUCUCAGAGAACAGAGCCGGACACGUCCCAUUUCUCCCAAGGAGAUUGAAAGGAUGGUGGGCAUCAUUCAUCGAAAAUUCAGCUCCAUCCAGAUGCAACUCAAACAAAGUACUUGUGAAGCAGUAAUGAUUUUAAGAUCAAGGUUCCUCGAUGCCAGAAGGAAAAGGCGUAACUUCAGUAAACAAGCCACGGAAAUCUUGAAUGAGUAUUUCUACUCCCACCUCAGUAACCCCUACCCCAGUGAAGAAGCCAAAGAAGAGCUGGCAAAGAAAUGCAGCAUCACGGUAUCGCAGGUGUCCAACUGGUUUGGCAAUAAGAGAAUCAGGUACAAGAAGAACAUCGGGAAGUUCCAGGAAGAAGCCAAUCUCUACGCGGCAAAGACGGCUGUGACCGCAGCACACGCCGUGGCCGCCGCGGUCCAGAACAACCAGACAAACUCCCCCACCACACCAAACUCUGGUUCUUCUGGUUCUUUUAACCUCCCAAAUUCUGGGGACAUGUUCAUGAACAUGCAGAGUCUGAAUGGGGAUUCUUACCAGGGGUCCCAAGUCGGAGCCAAUGUGCAGUCACAGGUGGAUACCCUGCGUCAUGUUAUCAAUCAGACGGGAGGAUACAAUGAUGGCUUGGGAGGAAAUUCACUGUACAGUCCACAUAAUUUAAAUGCUAAUGGAGGCUGGCAGGACGCAACUACUCCAUCUUCUGUGACUUCCCCUACAGAAGGGCCGGGAAGUGUGCACUCUGAUACCUCUAACUAAUCUCCUAGCAACACUUUUUCCCUGAGCUGAGAUGCCUUGAUUAGCGCAUUCAGAGCCACAGGAGAAAAAGGAAAAGAGUUUUUUUUGUAGCCAACCACCUACAGCUUUACUGUAAAACCUUGUCUUAUUAGAAAACUUGGUAAAUCUGUUUUUUAAAGGUAUCAUAAUCAUUUGUAUUUAUACUUAAAACACACAAUGUUAAAAAGCACUUUAUCCAAUUAGGCCAAGAUUUAGCAUUGUUUAUAGCCCUGUAACUAUUUUAUCAUAAUUUAUUAUCAGCAGUUUUAACAAUGUUGGUCUAACAGUUGCCAAUUACUUGGCCUUAAGGGUAAAAGUACAGGACAAGCUUAACCUCAAUAGCAAGAGCAGACACAAAGAACCGCCUCACCUAAAUUUGACUUUGUGCAUAUUUCCAUGGAAAGUCAGAAUGAAUUGCAGACUUUGAUUGUGUUUCAUCUUUUCAUAUCUCUUAUAGAGUUGGAAUAAAAAAGCGCUGUUCGGUUAUUUCGGUUAACAAUGGUUGUGUUUAAGAAUCCUUAUUCGUCACAUUUUUGUUGUGAUCUGUUGUCUUACAAAUUAGAUUGGAAACCAGGAGCAUCUUUUCUUGCUAAAACUACCCCGGACCCUGAGUCUCCUCCCUGUGUUUCGACACCGGCCAUAGGUUGUUCUUAGGAGAUGAAGACACUUGCUGCUGAUGUCUGUGAAAGCCAAGACCCGGGGUUUUACAGUACGAGCUAGGUGCUGCACACGCCUGCCAAGACUUGGUACCUCUUCUUGGCAGCACACCGCAAGCAAAGGAAAAAGGCAAAGGAAAAAAAGCACCAUCAUAUGGAGUGUUGUACAUAGUGUAGCAAAAGAGUAUUUAUACAUCUCACCAAUCAAACACAGCUUUAUUACCUCAUGCGAACUCAUACAAACCAAUAGACUUUCAACAUGUUCUGUAGCUUAGAGUGCUCACUUACUACCUCUGAACGAUACUCACGCUGUAGUUUGUCUCUUUCUUAUCUUUUUUGCAUCUUGUAAUUAACUCUUUGUUUCCCCAUGAAAUGUAAUGUACAUUGUAAUCUUUUAAAAGAAUCAGGGUUGCUUGGGCAACUUUUAAAGAAGCGGAAAGUGGGAACAUGGGGGUCUUGGGUUUAACACAAACCAGUGCAACUGUUGUAAAUACUGAGAAACAUUUUGAAUGUUCUUCAUCUUGUUACUAAUCCACACAGAAAACCAACAACUAAUUGUAAUGCAUACAGACUUCAGUAUUCAGUACUGUAUAUUGCCCCCUGUGUAACAGGGGGCCCUUUCUUUCUCUCUUUUGUAUUGUAUGCGAUUCUGAAACUGAUUGAGUCAUGAAAAUAAUUUGUGGCAGUGAUUCUAAUGUAUUAAACCGUUUCGUGUUACUUUCUAACUGGAUUACACCCUGGAUUGAAAAGUCUUCCUCGUGGUAGUUAUAUGUAGUUUCAAACAUGAAUAAACUUUUUGCUUUCAUGAUCAAA